AUGUGCACUCAGCUUCUUUGGACGACCAACGCGAGGUCUGUUCUGACAAGUUUGCACCCAGAGUGUGAGUAUAUCUUUCAGUUGGAGAAAGAGGAACAGCACUGUCUGAGAGAGAUCGCCCAACAUGAAAACCUCAGCACAUCAGGUUGUCUCCCAGCAUGGGACUCUGUGGUAUGUUGGCCCCGAGCGGCAGUUGGAGAGACGGUACACUCACCCUGUCCUGCUGUAUUCUCUCUCUUCAGUAACACCACAGGUACAGUGAGUCGAAAUUGCACCAGUUCGGGGUGGUCACACCCGUUUCCUCCAUACCACGAGGCCUGCAGCAUUGAGGACGAUAUCCCAGAGGAAUCGUACUUCGCCACAGUGAGACUGAUCUACUCUAUCGGAUAUGGAGCCUCACUGAUCUCCCUUCUGGUGGCAGUUGUAAUUCUGCUCAUCUUCAGGAGGCUGCACUGUGCCAGGAACUACAUCCACAUCCAGUUGUUCAUUAGUUUCAUCCUCAAAGCUGCAUCUGUCUUUAUAAAAGAUGCUACACUGUUUGGCAGUGAAGAUAUUGACCACUGUUCUCUCUCUACUGCAGCCUGUAAGGUGUCUGUUGUGUUCUGUCACUACUGUGUGAUGAGUAAUUUUUCCUGGCUGCUGGUGGAGGCGGUUUACCUCAACUCUUUACUGUUGUCGGCCUUCCCUCGCAGUCGACGCUGUCUCUGGGGCUCGGCUUUGCUCGGCUGGGGAGUUCCUCUAGUUUGUAUUCUUCUUUGGAUCGGCUUCCGAGUCUAUUUGGAGGACACAGAAUGCUGGGACAUUAAUGAAGAUUCGCCUUAUUGGUGGAUAAUCAAGGGCCCAAUUGUAGUAUCCAUUGGGAUCAACUUCCUGUUGUUCCUAAACAUUAUUAGGAUUUUGGUGCAGAAACUGAAUCCACGUCUGAUUCAGUUCAACAACUCAGCACAAUACAGACGUCUUGCCAAAUCUACACUUCUCCUCAUCCCUUUGUUUGGGACUCAUUAUGUGGUGUUUAACUUUUUGCCGGAUUACAGUAACGUGAGCCUGCGUCUCUGCAUAGAGCUGUGCCUCGGCUCCUUCCAGGGUCUCUUAGUGGCAAUUCUCUACUGUUUCCUCAACCAGGAGGUCCAGAAGGAGGUCCGUUUAAGGUGGAUGCGCUGGCAGGAAAGCAGUUACGGAGUGGUUAUUGCUGGAGCUAAAGGCAGUCAGAUGGACACGCCAUUCUGAUCCAGCCUCUGUAUCUAAUACAAAAAAAAGACUACUUUUUUUGGCCCAAACAAGCCAAGCAACUCUAAAUGCUUUCAAGCUUCGACUCUGAAUGCUGCUUCAUGUGUUCUGAUCUUACUGUGCUGUUUUUAAAUCCGUCCUUUUUAACUUUUACAUCCAUUCAGAGAGGCAUAUCGCUCAGUCAAAAGUUAGAAGGUACAGAAGCCUUAAGGAGAAAGCAGAUCCUAAAUUUAGGGAUUGGUCCAUGCAGGGCGUGGUAGGUGUGAGUGUGUAGGUGCUGAUACUGCUGUUGCUUAUUGCUAUUGCUGCUUUUUUGUACUUUUUAUGUGUUUACAGCUUUGUUAAGCUGCAAGCAUACAAAAAAUCCACCUAAAUGUAAAU